CCAGCCCAGCGCGAGCGCAUUAGCUCUGUGCGUUUCUUUUGUUUUCUAUGAAUCUGAGUAGAAAACUGACGAUGGAGUUGAAGAGUUAGUUAAUGAAGCUGGUUGAUUAGAAUGGCUGGUUAAGAUGUUCUCAGAAUACAGGAUUCAUCCAGCUCUGCUUCACCUGCUUUACUGUCUGCUGUGCUCAGCUGGAGAAGAGGUUGUCAGACUGCAGGAGCUGGAGGGAAACACUGUAACCAUCCAUACUGGAUUAACUGGAGUUCAGAGUGAUGCUCACAUACUGUGGUUCUAUAGAUCUGAGAAUUUAGAUACAAAGAUAGUGAACAGUCUGGUGUUUAAAGGGGAGACUAAUACAGACUAUCCCAGUGAGAGAUUCAGAGACAGACUGCAGCUGAACAGAAACAGUGGAUCUUUAACCAUCACAAACAUCAGCAGAGAAGAUUCUGGAGUUUAUAAAUUACAAAUCAUUACUGAACAUCAGUCAGUCUGGAGUUUCAGUGUUAAUGUUUAUGCUCCAGUAUCAAAGCCAGUCAUAAGAAAUCAGACUGAAAAGCGCUCAGUGAGUCUCAGAGAGUCGUGGUCUCCUCUGUGCUCUGUGGAGAAUGGGAAGGAUGUGAGUUUGUCCUGGUAUGAAGAGAAAGAGAGAAUCUCCAGCAUCAGUAGCUCAGAUUCCAGUGAACGUCUUUAUCUUCCUCUGAAUAUAACCAACCCAGACUGUUCUACUUACACCUGUGUAGCUGCUAAUCCAGUUAGCAGUCAGACAACCCAGCUCGACAUUACAAACAUCUGUUAUAAAGCAGGUACAAAAGGUCCUAGAGAUCUUUCCAAAUCACUGGCUGCUGUUCUGACAUCUGCUGGACUGAUUGUUGCUCUAUCAGUUUUAUUUGUAUGGUUCUGGAAAAAGAAGACAAAGCAACAAGUUCCUGAAGAUGCUGAGCCGAGUUAUGCUGAAGUGAAAACUAAAUCUCACAAUUCAAAAGAGGCUCUUGAGGGAAACAGAGCUGGAGUGACAGAAGUUCAAGACCAGAGUGACUCAGUGGUGUACUCAGCUAUCAGGAACUAACUCUGUAUUUCAGCAUCAGAAUAUCCUUUUUUAAUUAUAUUUUUACAUUUUUUGCCCAUUACUGCCUUCUUUUAGUCAGUAUUCAACCUGCCUGCUUUUAAAAACAUUUCAUUCUGAACAACUAUAAAAUAGUAUUUCAGUAUUUCAUACUGUACUCAUUAUACAUGAUAUUAUUUAUUGAUUUAUUUUAAAUAGAUGUUAUAGUCUGACGUUGUCUGAGCAGUUUAAUCAUGGUUUUGUUAUUUACUAUCUUGAACACUGUCUCACAAAGCCGAAUUUCUUGAUUAACUAUCUUUAGCUGCCUGGCUAACUAGCUUGAUUAUUUUGAUAAUGUGUUCACGUGCACGUAGGAUCAGUUACUAGGUAACAGACAUAAGUCUUCUUAACCUGAGAUAAGAUGCUGUAAGAUAAAAUUCCCAAAUCAAGAUAAGAUUUACUUCUGUAAUACGAAUAUAUGAAAAUCUUAUUUUGACCUGUCUGAUCUUAAAUUAAGACAAAAAGAUUUCUGUAGUUUCUGAAUACGGCAUGUGGCAUCAGUAAUAUGAAUUUUUUUUUAGCAGAGGAAACAAAUCAUACUACAUAGAUAUAAAGAACAGAAAUUAUUACUCCACUAAUCACUAACAUGGUGGCAGUGGCUGUAUCUUUUUACCAUGAUAAAUACUUUACUGUCUACAUAUUUACGUAGUUUGACUCGUGUUUCACAUGAUUGGUUGUUCAUUAUAAAUGCCACAUUUUAUGGGCGUGAUGUGCACAAGGAUUAAUCUUAAUCCAAGAGUCUAAAACUUGGUUAACAGAGGAAGUGGUUAUGAGUUAAUUGUCACUCCGUUUGUUAGAUUUUGUGAAGCUGUAAAAUCAGGAAUCCCGUCUAAACUGAACUUGCUUUGUGAGACAGACCCUGAUGAUGAGUUCACUGAAGCCACUCUUUACUUUUCUGUAUUUUAAUCGAGGACACACAGAGCUUUUGAUGUGAAGUGUUGCGUUUAUGAAGCAUUUAUUUGACUGCUAAAAGUGCCCCCUUGUGGAGAAUGUUCAGCCUGCUAAACUAGUGAUGCAUACAUCCAGUACACUGGACUGGUCUAUCAGCACCGAUACUAUAGCACCUUAUAAAAUAAAACAAGCGUAAAUAGAUCAGAGUAAGUGUUUCUUUGUGAGCUUUAAAAUUCUAUAUAAAGGGCUACAGUAUGUCAAAAUAAAAGCCCCUUCUAACAAUGUAUGACAGUACAUCAGAAUAAAAGCCCUGUGCAGGAAGGCCUUUCUGAUUCUUUUGUACCUCACAGCAGUUUCAUCAGCAAAUAACUAAUUCAGACUUUUAUACUUUCCUAAUGUAAUGUAAGCUUAAGAAUUUAAGUUGUCAGACUUUUGGGUGCUUUUGAGGUAAUAAGGUUGUAGUUAAGAUGCUUACAGUAAUCAGUUCGACUUUGUAGCCCUAAAACAAAUUAGAACAAUAUGGUUCAUUAUGAAGUUCUAAUGUUUUCAUGACUGGUUGUCAU